UCUGGAUUAUUAGAGGCAUCUAAGAGUAGUGGGUCAUUAGCCACUCAAUAAUCUGAAAAAAAGCUCCUCUAGAGAAGAUUAUUGGAUUAUAGUAAUCUGGCUUAUAGAUUAUAAUAAUCUAGCAUAAUAAUCUACUUGUUUAUUUUAACUUGCUCCUAAUAAUCUAGAUUAUAAUAAUUAUAAGCUGAAUCAAACAGGGUCUUAGUUUUGGAAUUUCUAACACAAAAAUCUACAGGACAUAAGUCAUAGCAUGAUACCCCAUGGUAGGUACGUAACCCAGGGGUUCAUCAGUUGUUGUGCGCAACUCCGUUUGUACCGGAGCAGCAUGAUUUUUGAGUUGUGUAGAGUAUCAUUUUGAUCGAGCAAUCGAUGCGUUACUAGUGCUACUUAGGAAUGAAAAGUGCAUUUUCUUUCACAUUUACAUCCCCUCUGCUAUGGAUGUAUUCGAGUAUUCAAAUCCAGUCGCCCAAAUCUCACACGAAUUUGACGAAACCCUAUAAACAUUUCAGUAUUUUUUUAUGAUCGCCGUAUGGGCCAUGAGGCCCAACAACGGGUGAUGCUGUACCAGACGGCCCAGCAACUGCAAUCAUCACAAGUCUUCGACGGCUGCAUCCGGCGGCGACGACGCGGCGGCGGCGGCUAAAUCGGAGACCCGCCUCAUCGCGGCGCGAGCUGCAGAGUCGCACCAAUGGAAGCCGCCGGUGGCGCAGGCGGAGCAAGCGGCGGCGGCGGAGAGUCGCAGCCGCCGAAGACGCUGGUGGACUGGGCGCUGGAGAUCCUCGGCACGGCCGACCCCGACGAGAAGGCCCGCCUGGGGGACCUCGCCGCCACGGAGUGGCUGCGCGGCGCCAUCCCGCUCCCCUACGACCCGUCCCGCCCCGCGCGGCCCCCUCCCGACCGCCCCGCCCGGAGCGCCGCCGUGCGGCUGCUCCCGCCGUCGCGGGCGCCCAAGCUGGGGAAGGGCGGCAGCGCGCAGAGCCGGCUGGCGCUGCUGCACUCCCUGGCGCACACCGAGAGCUGGGCCGUCGACCUCUCCUGGGACAUCGUCGCCCGCUUCGGCGCGCCGCUGCGCAUGCCGCGGGAGUUCUUCGACGACUUCGCCCGCGUCGCCCAGGACGAGGGCCGCCACUUCGCGGUGCUCUCCGCGCGGCUGCGCGAGCUGGGCUCGCACUACGGCGCGCUCCCCGCGCACGACGGGCUCUGGGACUCGGCGACGCGCACCUCGCACUCCCUCCUCGCGCGCCUCGCCGUCGAGCACUGCGUCCACGAGGCUAGGGGAUUAGAUGUUCUACCUACCACCAUAUCAAGAUUCCGCGCAGGUGGGGAUGAACAAACAGCCAAAUUACUAGAAGAUGUUAUUUAUCCUGAGGAGAUAACACACUGCGCGGCUGGUGUUAGAUGGUUCAGAUACUUGUGCCUCCGGUCCCGCAAUGGUGAUCCAACUGCAAGUUCAAUUCCGCAGGCUAUAACCCAAUGCUCUGAACUCCCACGAGAUGGUACCGGUGACAUCCACAAGGUCGAAGAGGUGGAAGGUGAUGGACCGAAAGCCGAGUUAGCACAAGCCUCCAAUGGCGAUGACAAGACAGUCCAACAGGUGGAGGAUGAACUGGCAAAAUGCAAACUAGUCGACAUUGGAGAUGAUGUUGAAGCAGCGGUCAUUCGGACUUUCCACAGUGUUGUUAGAGAGUAUUUCCGGGGACCCCUGAAGCCUCCCUUCAAUACGGAGGCGAGGAAAGCCGCUGGCUUCGAGCCUGCCUGGUAUGAACCCUUGGCAGUGAAGGAGGUAGAGGGACAAGCAGUUGAGUGAGAUGUUUGAUUUCUGCCAUGUACUGUAGCAGGCUAGAACCUACAUGGUGGGCAUUACACUUCUGUUGAACCUCUUCUUCCCUGUUCCCUUCUUUUAGCAGGGAAAACUGUACUGAACUUGUGAUCAUGUUUUGUUUGCCAUACGGAAACCGACUGGUCUGUCCGUGGACCAGCCAAACCAAAUUAAAGACAGAAACUUUACAUUUCAUCGCAUU